CGCCGCCGGAGCCGCCUCGGGCCCCGAAAGCCUGAGCCCAGGCCACUUCCGCUUCCGGAAGCGGAAGUGCUGGGCGGCUGCGGCCCGCGGCGGGCGUUCGGGCGGUGCGGUGUGAGGUGUGUCUCCUGCGGGUCUGCGGCGCGGCCUGGCCCGUGGGGGCCGGGGGUCCUUCCUUCCUUCUUUCACCCGAAAGCGCUUCACUGUGUGGCUUUCGCUCGGGCCGCGGGCGGCAGUCUUGCGUCGCUGCGCGGUGAGGGCGUCUGAGGAGGAGCGGCCUCUGGCGCUGCCGCAGUCCCCUCGUCCUUCCCCGCCGGCGCCCGCCUCAGCCCGGCCUGUGCGUCACCCUGAAGCUUCCAGACGGGCGGGCCUCAGAAAGAGGUGACGUGAGCUCUGUUCCCUACUGAGAAUUGAAAACUGUGAAUCUCAACUUGAAUCCAAAGCAUCUACUCCUGAGCAGGCUAUUUUGGAGGAAAAUUCACCCCAUGAUUCGCAAACGGAGCUGGGGCUGGACCCGAGGAUGCAGAUCAGGCCCGGGAUGGGAGAGAGGGAGACCCCUUCGGUUCCAGAGGACCGGCCAGCUCUCUGGGAGUCGCCUUGGACUUCAGAAUACACAGAGCUGAAGGCGGCUGUGCAGAUUCAGAGGGCGGCCAUGCCUGUGCCUGCGCUGGGCCUCCCCAACUGGUGGGGGGCCGGUGGUUCUGCUCUGCCUGCCCAGGACCCCAUGCGGCACCAGGAGGCGAGUGCAGAGAAAGCAGCCGUGACUCUUGGGGUGCUGACCGCCUGCCCACAGGAACUGGUCACCUUUGCGGAUGUGGCCGUGCUGUUCACUCCAGAAGAGUGGCUGUUUCUAGACUCUGCUCAGAGGAGCCUGUACAGAGACGUGAUGCUGGAGAACUAUAGGAACCUGGCCUCCGUGGGAGAUCAGCUGUGCACACCCAGCACCUUUGUUCAUUUGGAGCAAAGAGAGGAGCCGUGGACCACCGAGAGAGGACUGUGCCCAGGAGCCCGUCCAGAAUCUCAACUUCAACUGCAAGAUUCAGUUGCUAACCAUGAUAUUUCUGUGGAGAUUCCAUCCAUUGGCGCGCAGAGGGCGCGGGCUGUGGCUGGAGAGCAGCUCCAUAAACACGCCGAACUUGGGGCACCCCUUCCCGUCGAGCCGCUCUGUCCGUCCCAGAGGAUUCCUGCCGGCGGGGACCCGUGCGGAUGCCGCGGGCGUGGCGAGGCCUUCCUCCAGAUGGGCCUCAUGGCGCCGGAGAAGGCGGGGGGCGGGGACAAGGCCCUCGCCUGCGGCCAGUGUGCCAAGUCCUUCCGGUACAGCUCGGACCUCGCCCGGCACGCGCGCACGCACAGCGCGGAGAGGGGAUUCGCGUGCCGCGAGUGCGGGCGCGCCUUCAAGUGCCCGUCCAACCUGCGGCGCCACGCGCGCGCGCACACCGGCGAGAAGCCCUUCGCGUGUGCCCAGUGCGGCAAGGCCUUCACGAGGAACUUCAACCUGCUGCUGCACCGCAGGAGCCACACGGGCGAGAAGCCCUAUGCGUGCCCGGCCUGCGGGAAGGCCUUCAACCAGCCGUCGUCCCUGCGCAGCCAUGCGCGCACGCACACGGGCGAGAAGCCAUUCGCGUGUGCCCACUGUGGCAAGGCCUUCCGCGAGCCCUCGUCGCUGAAGACGCACCUGCGCACGCACACCAGGGAGAAGCCGUACGCGUGUGAGCAGUGCGGCAAGCCCUUCCGCACCAGCACGCACCUGAGUGUGCACCGGCGGGUCCACACGGGCGAGAAGCCCUACGGCUGCGCCACGUGCGGACAGGUCCUGAGCCGCCUCUCCACGCUCCGGAGCCACAUGCGGACGCACACCGGGGAGAAGCCGUACGCGUGCCAGCAAUGCGGACGCGCCUUCAGUGAGCCCUCGUCCCUCCGGAAGCACGUGCGCACCCACACGGGCCACAAGCCCUAUGCGUGCCAGCAGUGCGGGCGUGCCUUCGGCCAGUCCUCACAUCUGACGGUGCACGGGAGGACGCACGCCACGGGCAGACCCUAUGCGUGCACGCAGUGUGAGAAGGCCUUCCGGCACAGCUCCUCGCUGGCCGUGCACAGACGGGCUCACGCCGCCGCCGCCGAGAAGACGUGAGCAGCGGGCCUGCCCGCCAGCGCCCCAUCCACGCGUGCCCCUCGCGGUUAACUUCCAGUUUGUGAAAACGGAAGCAUUCGUCUCUCAAUGUUCGUUUAGCUAUAUCGUAUGUUUCCACGUCUAAUAUUUUCAGUUUGACUUAGUUCUAAAUAUUGUCUUAGUUUCUAUUAUCACUUAUUCUGUGACCCAUGAGUUAUUUGUAAUUAAAUUUUGUUUUAUUUUAUUAUUCUUUUUGCUGAGGAAGAGUUGCCCUGAUCUAA